UUUUACUUUCGCUGCUGGGAAGCGUUGUGCUUUUUACAAGUUUUCACAAACAACGCGAAUUAUUAAAGAAAAUUACUUUUAAAUUAGUGCUAAUUGGUGCAGUGAAUCUUAUUUAAUCAAUCUACGACUAAAUAAUCCCCCAUACUGUGUUGAAAGUUGAGAUGGCAUCAAUUCAGGAGAGAUUGCAGCUAAAGAGGAUUCCACUGGACAAAUGGUCCAUCCGGGAGCAGCUUUUCCUAGCGGCAGCUGUAGCCUGCAGUGGGGAGAACUGGAUGUCAGUUAGUCGCUCCCUGAAGAUGUACUGCGGAUCUAACAGACCCAGUGAUUGGUUCUCGCAGAAAUCCUGUGCUGCUCAGUACGGGAAGCUCCUGGAGAAUGUGGAGAUGCCCAAGAGGAAGAAGCGUACGGCGUCUGAGCGGGAUACACCGACUGCAGAUACACCAGGUGAGUCAAUUUACAGGAAGUUGACACAGGAACGAAUUCAGGAGCUCAAGAGGCAGAUUCAGGAGGAUCAGAAGGAAUUCAGUCGACUGAAGGAGGAUAUCGUCUAUCUGCACAGUGCCACGACGGAUGAGGGGAAGAUUAGGGAGAUGUGGGCUCAGAUUGAGCAGGAGAAGAAGCAGAAGGAGCGGGAACAGAUUCAGCAUCAGCAAUGGCUGAAGGAGAGGGAAGAGAGGAAGUUGGAGAUGGAGAAGGCUUGGCGUCCGGGUCAGCAGCAUCUGUAUGCAACAUCGUCACCAGGAUCAUCUCCAAGGGGAUCUCCACUGCAGCCACUGAUCCCUUUGACGAGUCUGAAGAUCAAGCAGGAAGAGAUGGAAGUUGAUGAUUCGGCAGCGAAGCAGGGAACAUCCCCUCUGCUAACUUCUCUGCUGAAAUCUCCAUCUCCUGCACCAAAUCCCACCCAGCAGAUUCUGACCACGAGUUCUCCGACAAGUUCCCGGGCAGCUCCGACAAUCACCAAUCUUCUCACUGGGCAUGGCCAGAUCCAUACGAGUACUCCUCAGAGUGUUCCGGAAAUCACCUCGAGCAUUCAAUUUAUUCCGGGGAUGCUGGACACAAUGACGAGUCCCCAGGCGACGCCUUCCCAGGCAGCUCCGACGCUCUCAAUGCUCCUGGACACAAAAGGCGGAUUGAAAACUGAGUCCCGGAUGCAGACACAAGUGCACUCCCUUCCGGCUGAAACAAAGCCCGAACCAAUGGAAAUUGUCCAGGAGAGCCAGCAAAAUAUCCAACAGAUUUCACAGACACUUCCGGACAUCAAAGAUGAGGAUCAGCAGCUCAUGGAUGACUUCAAUGGACUAAUCCCGGACAAUAUUGACGAGCUGGCGGACAUUCUAACAGACAAUAAUGCCAUUAUUCUCAGUCCGGAAUUACUGGAGGAGGAAUCGAUCCUUGAGAAUGUGGAUUCCCUGAUCGGAUCCACAGAGGUCAAGCCUAAAGUCAAGGAUGAAAUCUCCGAAGUCCUGGACACCAGAACGGAGCAGGAUGUCAUUGUUAUUAGUCCGGGAGAAGAAAAGUCCCUAAAACUAGAAGAAGCCCCUGUCCAGGGCCUUCCGGAAGAGUCAAAAGAGCUCAAAAUGUCCGAAAAUGACAAUUCCAGUUCCAAUGAGUCCAAAGAGACAGAAAAACCUCCAACAGUUUCAGCCGAAUCCGAGACAAUUGAGAUCAAGAGUGAGCCGGAAUCUUCGUCGGAUUGUGAAAUUCGAAGUGAUGAGAAUUCCCGGCCGGCCCAGGAGGAUUCAGUGAAUCUGGCCACAACUCCGGAUGACUCCAAAUCAGCCGACGGCACAAAGAGCGGCAAUGAGGGAGAAAAUAGGUCGGAAGAAGGGAAGAAAGACAGUGAUUCCAGCAAUUCCGGAGGAACUGAAAUCCCGCCAAAAACAUCCGAAGAGCCCAUUAAGAUUGAAACGUCAACAGAUGAUGAGGAUUCAAACAUGAAGCUGAGUGAAUUGUGUGAGAAAGAAGCAGAAAAAGAAAUAGUGACAAUUGACCUGGAUGACGGGAAGGCAGAUGGUCAUUCCAGGGAGUCCGACAAAAUGGACCUCGAGCCAUCUGAAGAGGAAAAAAAGGAAGCUGUAGCAGAAGCUAAAGUCCCCGAACACUCUCAGAAAGAGGAAAUCGAAAGAAAGACAUCUCUGGAUGAGGAUAUCUUUGAAGACGCCAAGGAAACCAUUGAAGACCCAGAAGAAGAUCCUCCGCAGCAAGAUCUCGGACAGCAACUCACCAGUGUCGAUACAGAUGAUGAUUAUCCAAUCGAAGUGAUCAAGGAGGACAAGGUUGGUCGCACCAAGAGAGAUUACUCCAGGAAAAAGCCGGAAACACUCAGUGUGGACAGCAAAAAGAGUGAGGACAGCAAUGAAGAUAGCAAGUCCAAUAUCAGCCUCAGAAUGCGUCUGAAGGAAAGAGAGAGAUCAGAAAGUCCUCUAGUCACGGAUGAUGAUGCCGGCGAUGUAAUUCCACGGACAAGAAGACGAUAUUCUUCAACUCAUGCCACAGACUCAAUUCCCAAUUCUCCAGCUUCCAGCGAAGAUCGCGAAUACAAAGCCUGGAAGAAGGCCAUUAUGCCGGCCUACAAUCUCCUGAGCACCCACAAAUACGCCUCAAUCUUCCUGCGCCCUGCAACAGAAGAUCAGCAGGCGAGGUAUCGAUCAGUGAUACUCAGACCAAUGGAUCUCAGCACGAUCAAGAGGAAUAUCGAAACGGGAGCAGUGAGGACGACAGCAGAGUUUCAGAGGGAUGUUCUGCUCAUGUGUCACAAUGCCAUGAUGUUCCACAGAAGGGACAGCAGCAUCUAUGCCAUGGCCAAGGAAAUGAUGGCGGAGAGUGUGUCAAUCAUUGAUAAUGCAAUGGAGAGCUGGAAGGCAACAACUGGACCCAGCUCCCAAGCACCCAUCAAAGUCCGAUCCCGCAAGAGCCAGCGACAUCCAAUCAGUGCGAAUUGAAGAUCAUCCUGAAGACAUUUUGUAAAAGAAAAAGAAAAAAUAAUAAAGUGAAAAAAAUAAAGCAAA